AUGACUGAGACUUGCCAACCUGAGGCUCCAGGCCAUACCCAGAGCGAACUUCGCCAUGACCUUAACGGGCAGCCUCAAGAGCACGCGAAAGCGCGAAUAAAUCUCUCCGGCGUUGCACAGACGCUUUUUAUACCUCUAAUAGCACGCGCGUCCGACGCAGUUUCAUCAAACGCUAUUCUGGGCGACCCCUACGCCCAGAACACAAUCGACAAACUCAGUUUUGACCAAGAUGCGAUGACCAUGACACCAUUUCAGUGCGCUGGCGUCUGUUUACGGACGAGCCAGUUUGAUAAAUGGACAACGGCAUUUUUAAUGAAACACCCAUGCGCGACUGUUGUGCACUUGGCAUGUGGUCUUGAUAGUCGCAUGCAACGUGUUCCAUGGACAAAUACUUCACGCUGGUUUGACAUUGAUCUGCCCAAAGUCAUCGAGCUCCGAAAACAAGUCUUACCAACAUCAAUACCUGAUCGGGAUUAUUCUCUGAUUGCUGCCAACGUUCUUGAACACACAUGGAUAAAAAAUAUUCCAAACGACAGGCCGGUUCUUAUAAUUAUGGAGGGGCUUUUGUCCUACCUCCUUGAAGACGAAGUAAAAGGCCUUUUGUUGCAGUUAUGCCAAAGUUUCAAGCAUGGCGAGAUGAUUUUUGAAUGCAUCAGCACAAUAGUUUUGAAGCGCGUGGUGGAGACGCCCCUCAAGGUUGUAAGUGAAACUGGGGCUAUCUUUCAGUGGGCCACUGACGAUCCAAAAUCAUUGGAGGGAAUUUAUACUGGCGUGAGACUGGCCGAGUCAGUUUGUUUUGUUGAGGCCAGCGGCGUCGAGAAAUUUGCACUUUCCAAUCGUGUGAUCAUGUAUUUGAUGUCAUGGAUACCUAGUCUUAGAAAGGCAGCUCAAUUCCUUCGCUUUGAGUUCGGGGGAGACCGAGAGUGA